GACUUGGACAGGUUCCUCGGCCAUGGGGUGGUCUAAGUGGCCAGGCAAAGCAUUAGGACGAGGGGGCAGGCAGGAGCAAAGCUUCUCUCUGUGGGAAACGACAGUCUACAGCAAGACUCUAGACCAGGACGACACUGAACACAACACAGGAGGGAUGCCAUGAGAAUGCUGAAAAAAAGAGAAGAAACCUGAGAAACCUUUCCACUGAGAGAACAUCAUGGGCCCUGGUCAAGCAGCAGCCAGGAUACAAACAGUGAUGGAGCAGCUGAGCGGUAUGUGAUUGCCGGCUCGUGGGAGCCAGAUGGCAGAGGUUAAGGUCAUCGUACAGGAGGACCCCAUUCUGGGCUCUGGUCCAGAUGAGGAUGCCUCAGAGGCGUGUACUUCUGGAUAUGACCCGGACUCUGGGAGUUUACUUUCAGACGACUCUGUCCUCCCUGAUUAUGAGCGUGAGGACAAUGCAGAGGGGACGGCCGAUACCCUGUACCAAGCCUGCGCCAAGAACCAAGCCUCAUCCCUUCGCAGAGUGCUGGAGAGGGGUGUCACAAGGGACGAAGUCAUGGAACUGGACAUCAAUGGCAGGAAUGGUCUAAUGCUGGCCGUUGCUAAAGGAUUCAUAGAUAUUGUGUAUGGGCUGAACAAAUGUCCAUAUUUGGAUAUUAAUCACCAAGACAAUGAUGGCAACACAGCACUCAUGAUUGCAGCACAGGCUGGUUUUGUGACUAUCCUAACCUACAUCCUGAACUUCUUCUCUGGAGUGGACACUGAACUCAGGGACAACCGAGGCUUUACUGCUCUCAUUAAGGCCGCCAUACAGGGCAACAAUGACUGCGUUGCUUCACUGGUCAUGGCAGGGGCAGACUUAUAUGCAGUGGAUGGUACACGGGGUAAGGACGUGAAGGAAUGGGCGCUAAAGACAGGACGUUUUGAGACUUUUAGAAGGCUCAGGCAGCUAUCCAUCAGGCCCCGUGCAGAACAAUUCUGUGAAUGCUUCAACCCGGAAUGGCCAGAACUGAAAGAACUAGUGGCCAAGGCCACAGCCACAAAGACCACGGGGCAGAAGGUAGCCCAUCGGCUGAAGUCGACCUUUACUUUUAGCUUCCCACAAGACCCUCAGGACAAUGGUGUCCUGGACCAUAUGGUGCGCAUUACAACCAGCAUACACAGCCCCCUGGUGGUCACUGGCUGCCGACCGCUCUGUCCCACCAGCCCGCCAGAGAUUGGCAAGAGGCGCCUGGCAGUGCCUGACCUGAUGCAGCAAAACCCAGGCAAAGAGCUAGAGGAACGUGCAGUGCGCCAUAGUAACGGCUCCAUAUCUUCUGCUUCUCCCUCCAUCACUUCAGCCGGUUCAGUGUCACUGACUUCCUGCUGCUCGGACACAGAGCGGAGGGGCAGUGUGCUCUCAAUAGCCUCCAAUGGUGUCAGAAAGUUUGUCCCACGCAGCAUGGCCCGCCGGAACAGCAUCUUCCCCACUGGCUGCGUCCCUCAAAUCAAAGUCACCAAGUCUACCGGGCCCACGCCCAAGAAAGAGAAGAAGAGGAAGAUGUCUAAAGGUUACCUGGAGCCACCAAUGUGGAAGUACAAGGAGGCAAAAGAGGAGAAGAAGAAAGAAAAGAAACGCCAGGAGAAAGAGAAGGCUGAUAAGGAGAAGACAGACAAAGAUACCAAGAAGAAGGGAAAAAAGUAAACAAACUCCCAUUGGAUAACUGAAACGCUCCAAUCUAUCAAGCAUACGAGUUCCCAAAAAGCUGCAGUUAAAAAUGGACACAUUAGAGCUGAAGGGGAUGACAGCAGCUUCAUGAAAUAUAACUUCAGAUAACUUCUUAUUGCUCUGCCAGAAGCUUGAAUGAAGUUAUUCUCUAAACAGUCUUGAGGCUAUCAGGACAGAUAAACUUUUAAAACACACAAAAGCAGCUUGGACAUCUUGGUUUCUCAUGGAUAUUUAUUCACAAUAUGCUUAAAUGAUCAAAGUCUCCAAAAGCAAGUCAUCUUUCUGUUUUUUAGGUUUUCUAUCAAACAUGAGGUAAAACAUGCAUUAGUGUUUUACCUUUUGUUUUCAUUAUCAUGUUCUAUUCUAAGCCUGUACAGAAGGCAGAACAUUCUAUUUACCAAAUCUGUGAAGAAAUGAACACAAAUCCUUUUGGAAUUAAAUGUAUAAUUACACCAACAGAGGUAACGUUACAACAAAUUGGGAAAAUUUAAAGGAUGCUAAUAAUGAUGUCAAUCCUACCUUUUUUAAAGAGGGUAAGAUUAAGGUAGUGAUAUUUAAAUUUGAUGCCCUUCUCAAGCUAUUUUCGUCCAUAAAAUGACCUUAUUUUUGGCCUUCCUGUGUGGUACAUCAGAAUACAGGAGAACUAUAGCUGGAAAUAUAUCACCACUUCUGGUCUGGUGGUCUAUAGAGAGUGCUCUACAUUCACAAUCAUCAAUGACUUUUUUAUUCAGAUGAAAAGGACUCUGAAAUAUUCUUUGCCUCAAUUUGCAUAAAGCUGUUUUCUUGUUUGUCUCAGGGAUAUGUGGUUGAAUUAAUGCUGUAUGUGUUACGAAACUCAUUGCUGAUAAGUACACCGGGGUAAGUAAAGCCGGGGUUGGGAAGAAUAAUCAUUUUUAUUCUUAGAUGUAUUAUCAGAUGUGGUUCUCUCCUGAAAGAUCCUGAAUCAAUUAACAAAACGUCAAUCAGAUUUUUAUCUAUGCUCUUUAAUUCCCAUACUGUAAAAUUAACUCACAAGACAAAGUGGCAAAUUUGGCUCAGAGGAGGAAAAUGUGCAAGUUCUCAAUAAAGCACACGUGUUAGCAGUCAUAAACUGAUCACAAUUUUUGUGUAUAUGAAAUAAAAAUCCCAAAACUAUAGUAAACAAA